GGGGCGGAGCCGUCUCGUCUUCGCAGCCCAAGAUGGUGGCUGUCGUUGUGCGGAAGUUUUCUUUAUCCGAGGCAGGUCUGAGGGCUUGGGUCCUGCCCGGAGCAGCCGUGCCUCCGUUUCCCCAUCUGUGAGAGGUGGGGCCGGGAGCAGGGACCCUAAGCUCGUGGCCUGCGGGGGGGGGGGGGAGUCGUGACCCCGCGCCUGUUUCCCCACUUGUGACUGAUUCUGGUCAGGGUCUGCUCUCAGCCUCAGUUUCCCCAUCUGCACAGGCUGCGCCCUCUCCCCCGGCACCACCCCAGCCAAGCGCCGUUAGCCAACAGAGGCCGGAGCCAAGACGAGGCCUCCCGCCCGCGGACCCCCGCUAGGGCCCAGGGCGCCGGGCUUACAGCUGGGGAAACUGAGGUCGGGCCCCGGGCACGCUGCCAGGCCUCCCCCCGCGGGCGAUGGCCGACCGAGGGGGCGGCGAUGCCUCGGUGGGGCUGCUGCCCGACUACGAGGCCAUGCCGUCGGACACGGGCUCGCUCAGCGACUCGGACUCGGAUGACGCCGGGCAAGUGGCCACGCUGUACACGGGGGAGCCGCCCUGCCUGGAGGCGGCAGCCUCGGCCUCGGAGGACUCAGAGGACUCGGGCCCGGAGGAGCCCCCGGAGGCCCCCGGGAGCUCUGUGCGCCCCUUCCACCUGCGGGGCACGAGCCCCACCUUCUCUCUGCGCAGCCACAGCAUCUUUGACGGCCUGGAGGGGGCGGCCCGGCCUCCCGCGGCCUCCGCCGCCGGGACCUUCAAACAGCCCCCGCCGCCCCCCAGGCCCCCGCGGAGGCCCCCGGUGCCCGACUAUGUGACCCACCCCGAGCGCUGGACCAGGUACAGCCUGGAGGACGUGCCCGACGGCAGCGACCGCAGCAACCGGGCCGUGGCGCUCGAGUUUCUGGGGGACCUGAGGAAGAGGGCGGGGGGACAGAGCCCCGGCCCCCGAGAGAGCUGCACCCCGUCCUUCAACCAGGACCCCACGAGCCGCGGGGCUGGCAGGAUCGUCUUCACCAGACCUGCCAAGGGCAGCGAGGCCAGGCCUGAGCGCAAGCGGCCCCCACGGGGCCCCCAGCCCGUGGACCUCAGGGAGCCCGGGGAGGAGCUGGUGGCGCUGGGCCAUCUGGGCUCGGCUGGGGCCUCCUAUGGAGAGGGGGAGGCAGAGGAGCCCCCGAGGGGCCAGGCGGGCCCCGAGGACACCGACAUGCGGGAGGAGGCGGCAUCCCCCCCAGACCCCGCCAGGGCUGCCCCCGUGGGCUUCCACGGCAGCAAAAAGAGGAGCAGAGAGCACCUUCGGCCCAAGGGGCCCGCAGAGGAGGAGAGCGAGGAAGCCUGAGUACCCUGGGCCCAGGGGACCGGCCCAGCCCACACUGGACAGCCCUGACUCUCCCCAACCUCGUGCUGCUCUGAAAGUGGCCUCCUUGACUUCCCCUCCCCCAGUGGCCCCUCUCUUGUUGGGGAAGGGGUAUGUACGGGAGAAGGGAGGAUGCUCCUUAGGGUGGGGGGGUGGCCUCCACUCACUGUCAGGCUGCAGUGAGGGCCCUUAUCACCUUCCUCUCCUCUCCAUCUUCCCUCUGUCAGCCCCUCCGACCCCUCUGGCUUGGUUUGUCCUCUGAAGACAAUAAAAGGUUUCCACAA